CCAGAAAAUUUGAUGGUUGUAAAGUUGCAAAACAACCAAACAACGAUUACCAUCGUGCCUUUUUUGAGAGCGAGUUCAACCAACCCGUCGCUUCGAGUGCAUAACAAACCCACCAGUAUGAUACAAUGGAGAGUCUUUUGUUUUUCGCGACCGGAGCCAGCAGCGGAGUCGGCUUGGAGGCGACGCGGCAACUCGCCGUUCACCUUUCUCGCCAGCAACAAGAAGAACCGAAUCGAAACAAUAGCAACAGCGAUGGUAGCAAUAAUCAAGUUGUAGCAACGAUUUAUCUGCUAUGUCGUUCGAAAGAGAAAACUCAAGCAGCCAUUGAGGACAUUUACAAUAGCAUUGGCGAAAACAGCAGCAAUGCUAAGAACAACAUCAAAUUGAACUUCCUGAAAUUCGAUGCCUGUGACGAUGCGGAAACGAUCGUCAAUAACAUUCAAUUCAACAAUGCCACCAAGAUCGCUGGAGUCUUGCUCAAUGCCGGUGGUUUCGGCGAGAACGCCACGGGAAUAGACAAGAACAUCAAGAGCAAGACUUCAGGCAGCAGCAGUAACAUUGCAAAACUGAACAUUAUUGGCCACGUAAUUUUGGUCAACCAUUUGCUCUCGGUGGGAAAGACGGACGCAUCCACCCGUAUAGUUGCCGCCGGAUCCGAGGCCUCUUUCGUAACACAGGGACUGUCAAUACAUGCCUAUAACGCAGCAGACUUUGAGGCGCAUCUAUCGUCAUCAUUGGGAAGCGGCAAAAUGGCCAUCGGAACAGAGUACGCAUGGACAAAGGGAAUUCUUGCGUUAUACUGGGCGGCCUUCGCUCGGCACCAUCCCGAGGUGUUUGUCACGACGGUUUCGCCAGGGGCGGUUUCUGAUACGCAGCUACUCUCCAAUGUACCAUUUUUCUUGCGGACUCUUGCCCGUCUGUCCCAGUGGUCGUGCCUGGGAGGAAGCCACACGGUACAAGAGGGUGCCAAGCGGUAUGUCAAUGCGCUCAUCAACGACAUCCCAGUGGGAAGCAGUGGAUCAUUUCUAGCUUCGCGAAAGGGUUUUGCUCAAGAUUUUGGAGAUGUUUCAUCGCUUUCAAAGUGCCAGUUUGUCUCUGACAUUGAGUUGCAAGACAAGGCAUGGAAGGCAGUCCACAAUAGUCUUGAACGGUAACGGCAAGCACGAAGGAGACGACUUCAAAACACUCUAGGCAACCUAAUGGAUCCCAACACACAGCAAUUUCACAUGAUGAUGCAAGAAUACUAAAAAUCAUCGAGUCAA